AUGGGUCAAUCGGUGGUGAAGGCGGAUUUUGCCUGGUCCUAUACCGAGGAACCACAUGCAACGAGAAGAAAAGAAAUUUUGGCGAAGUAUCCGCAAAUCAAAGACCUUUUCGGGCAAGAUCCCGCUUUCAAGUUGACCGUCGUUUGCAUGGUGAUCGCUCAGAUUUGUUUCGCAUAUUUGUUGAAAGAUUCGGAUUGGUUUCUGGUUCUACUGCAGACGUAUUUCGUUUCGGGCACUUUCAAUCAUUCAUUGACGUUGGCCAUUCACGAGAUUUCUCACAAUCAGGCUUUUGGAUAUACGAACCCUUUAUAUAAUCGAUUUUUCGGUUUCUUCGCGAAUCUCCCAUUGGGUGUUCCGAUGUCGGUCUCAUUCAAGAAAUAUCAUCUAGAACAUCACCGAUAUCAAGGCGAAGAUGUGAUCGACACAGAUAUUCCCACCGAAUUCGAGUGCCAAUUCUUUACGUCAACAAUGCGAAAGGCCCUCUGGGUGGUGUUACAACCAUUUUUUUAUGCCUUGAGACCGUUGUUCAUUUACCCGAAAGCGAUGACCGAUCUCGAGUUGAUUAAUCUCGUCUUGCAAUUAUCCUUUAACUAUGCUGUUUGUUAUUUCUGGGGUGCGAAAGCUUUCUUCUAUCUGGCUGGAGGCAUUGUUCUCGGUUUGGGCCCACAUCCACUUGCGGGUCAUUUCAUCGCUGAACACUACACUUUUCAACCGGGACAAGAAACGUACAGCUACCACGGUCCAUUGAAUUUGGUGACUUUCAACGUGGGAUACCACGUCGAACAUCACGAUUUCCCGUUCGUCUCCGGAUGCAAUUUACCAAAAGUUCGCGAGAUUGCCCCCGAGUACUACAAUGAUCGACGAGUGCACAAUUCGUGGGUGGCUGUCAUCUAUAAUUUCAUCACCGAUCCGAAUAUCUCGCUAAGGAAUCGAAUCAAGCGGAAAAUGGCCCCUGACUCAGAACGUCAUUUCUAUGGGGUCGGAGCAAAUGAGACGAAUUUCGUCUAUCAAUGUAUUGAAAAGAUCAUCAAGCUUGGCUCGUUGCCUCACGAGAAGGAAAGU